AGCGCUUCUGGCUCUGCCGUGUCCCUGAGGUCCCCGCAGGGCUGGGGGACCCGGCACCUUGCUCUCGCUAUGCCGUCCAGCGCUGGAGUUGGCUGUCAGAGAAACCUUCGAGGUCCCCUGCUCAGCCCCGGUAGUGUCAUGAGUUAGAUUAGUUGGAGCUGUGCUGGGGGCGGUGAGGGCUUGGAUUACAGUCCAGAACUCAAAGUGCUUCGGUGGUUCACGUCGGAGGGGAGAGGAGACGCCCCGUCGCACACAUGGAGGAAAAAGAGAAAAAACGCUGCCUUUGGAAGUGAGGGGGAAUAAAGGAGGCCGGGAACAUGGACUCGGAAUCCCUGGACGGCUGCAUCCAGAGCACGUUAUCAGCACUCUACCCUCCAUUUGAGGCUACCGCAGCCACCGUUCUGUGCCAAGUUUUUGAUGUGGUGGAGAAGACGUACCGUGGGGAUGGACUGCACUACCUCAUAGACUUCCUGAUUCCAGCCAAGCACAUCCUGCAGUGCAUUCAGCAGGAUGCCUGUGCUCCGUACUGCGGAUUGCUGUUUCGCCAUGCGGGCUGGCCCCUGUGUGUUCAAGAGAAGAUUAUAAUCCAGCUGGCUUCCAUUGACUGGCGAAUCUUGAAGCCUGGUGACUUCUACCUGCAGGUGGUCCCCUCUCUGAAGAAGCCUCCACGAAUUGUAUUGAAAUGUUUGGCAAAAGAUAAGCAUAAUGUAGAAGAAGUGGUGAUUCCAGAAGUUUCAUAUACCUCUAUUUUUACUCUGGAAUGGUUGAGUACGUUCAAUGGAGAGCGGAUGGGCAUAGCACUGGAAAAUUGUUUACUAACCACUGAUGACAAAAUAUUUCGUGUUCCCUGGAAUAAAGUGGUUAAUCCUGAAUUUAUAAAUAAACCAAAAAUAAUUGAAAACAAUAUCAUCUCUUCAGAAGUAACAGAGGAACGUUCAAUUCUGUGCCUCCCCACGGACCGUAGUGAGUGCGGUUCACCAGACCUGAGAUCUCAGUAUCUACAGGAACUGAGUGCAAAUCGAGACAACCCCGUCAUUAGCAGCACAGCUCCACAGUUCAAUGAAGCUCUGGUCAAUGGUGUCUGUACGAGUCCUGUGACUGAAGAGAACUUGGAAAGUGACCUUGAAGGAGAGUACGUUGAGCUGGCAGAAGUUUCCCUGCCCAGAUUUGGGCCACAGACAGGAUCUUUAACACCGUCGCUGGCAUUAAGUUACCUAACUCAGCCCAGGGCACGAGUGAAUGAGUCUAAAGGCAAGCACAGGUUUAUUGUCAUGCAAGACAGCACCUACUCCAAGAACUUAAUUCAGUCAGCACUUAUGCAGAAGGAGCACUGUCAAAUGGACACUCUGAGCACUUCUACAGAAGUUCUCGAAAAUGUUACUCCAUUGGAAGGCAACCAAGUGAUGGCACAUGGAGCACUGUCCCCAGAAGGUCAGCUGAUACCAGCUGAUCCUGGAAGUAUGGGUGAUAACUGUCCUGUGACUGAGCCUCCUGCUUGCUGCACACAAGAUUCAGCUGCAGAGCAGGAGAUUCACAGUGAACAUUCGCUGGAUUGGCAUUAUGCACUGUGCAGCUGCAGUGAUGUGUGUGCUGCAGAUGCUGUCAGCUGCAAGGCACAAGUGCCUGAUGCCUCUGGAAACAUAGAGGGAGAAAGUGAUGGACCUAGUGAAAAUGCUGGUGUUGAAACAUUGGACCAGAGCCCAGAAGUUAUUCUAGAUGCUACUGCUGCUAAAGAAGAAGUGAUGCUGGGAGUACACACAGAACCACUGACUGAGGGUCAGAAGGAGGUGACACUGAUGGAUGCUUCUUCUGUAUCUGUCCUAGGACCUUUGGGACCAUGUUGCACACUAAAGGAAGCUUCUGAUGUCUCUUGCCAGGGUGUCAGUGGAAGUGUUGAGCCAGUUCAGGUCUCUACAUUGCCUGAGAAUUCAGAUGUAGGUGGAGAGAGAGCCUCUCCUUCAGGGAACAUGGCAGAUGUAAGUGCUUGCUGCAGCAAUAUUGAAGCAAAUAUCAGUUCUCCAUUAAGUCCUCCAGAAGAGAGCCAAGGAGAUGUAGAUGAAUUUGAGGUGGGAAGAAGGGACAGCCAAGAGGAAGAGUCUAAAGAAAUGUUGAAUGUAAAUGAAAAUCAGACUGGUCAUAGUCACUUGUCUGUGAAAGCUCCAGUGGAUGGAACCUUGUCAGACAGUGAAGAGCAAGAGCAUAAAAAGGCUGAAGAAGCCAUACCACUCAAAACUGCCCAAUCAGCAGAGGGGAAUCAGAUGGCAGAACAAUUAAAUAACAGUGACUUGUUGGCUCCCAGUGCACAAGAAGAAGACUCAAGUCUGUUAAAAACUCAGAGGUCUGGAGGGAGUUUUGAGGAACCACAAAGACUGGUGGAAAACCAUGGCUGUGAAAGUGAAGAGAGCUCCAUGCUGAACCUGGAGCCUGUUGCAAUACAGGACUUGCAGGGACAGGUGGAGAACCAGGAAAGUUGUUCUUACAGGGAAAGGUUGAAGACUACAGCCUCAAAAACACUGGAAUCCAUUGAAGAGGAGCUGGAGGGUGGACCACUGUCCUCAGGACCUGCUGAGGGGCAUACAGAGCCUACCACUCUGCACUCCCAGCCAGAGGUGUCGUCUGGAGCAUCACCUCCUAAAGGGGUGAUGUCAGAAGAGACAGAGAUGAAAAAAGAGGCAACUGGCACAGGUGUGUUGAAACCAGUGAGUAAAAGCAGUGCCCUGGAGGAAACUUCACCUCCUGUGACUCCCCCAACAUCCCCAACUUCUGGAGCUGCCUGGGGUGGUCAGUUUGCACCUACCAUAGUCAAGGAUGUGAACCCAGAAGUGCUCAGGAGUGGAGUUGCCUGCCUGCCUGGUACAAGAGACAAAUCGGGACGUGCAGUGGCCAUAAUCACCACCAGGAACACAGUCUGGUUAAACCCCCACUGCAACACCACUGAGCUUGUACGCCUUCUUCUGUACUUGCACAGCAUCCCAAGUCUGAUUCUGGAUGAGGUAGGCAUUGGGUCUGCUCCAGACUGCUCUCCUGAAGCAAUGAAGCUGAAACCAAGCUUGUUUCUGAACACAGUUAGGAAGAAUUGGUUUUCCUGUGUGGAUUAUCCAGUGGGCAUCAGCACCUUUGCCAUCAGUGACGCAUAUUCUAGGAAUAGGAGAAAUGGGAAAUUUGGUGGAAGUCAUAGAAUCGUAUGGCAGAGACCAGAAUGUCAGGCUUUGGGUCUGACUGUUCUUGUGGACGCUCGUCGCUGUUCGCCCGUUCCUGCUCUCUUCAAGGCAUUCAGCACAUUGCAGGAGACGGAUCCUCACUGUAUUCAUGGAGUCUUGCUUCUGGUUGAAAAAGAUCUGACUUUUCGGAUGGAGAAGCCACCAGCAGGACAGUUUGAAGUUCUCACCUCCAUGAAAUCCCUCCAUAAGCACAUAGACAGCUCACAGCUGCCUCUGGAACUGGAAGGGACCUUCCCUUACUGCCACCAGAACUGGCUAAGCUUCCGCAGGAAGCUGGAAUACUUGCUACAACAAUGCCAGGGUGUUUGUGCCUUCCUUCAGGGAGCUAUUAAUAAAGUGGAAUCCACAAAAUUACCAGGAAAGGCUGAGGAUGCAGCUGUGUUGCUGAGGAAUUCAAGGCAGUUGAUGAAGAAUGUUCUUGAAGAUGCAAGUUUGGUCAAGGUGCAGCAGGAGGGUGGAGCACUCCUCGCCAGACUGGGGAAGGAGGAGUCCUCUGUCAUCCUUACCCAAGACUACAGAGAUGCGCUCGACGCUGCCAGCGUGCUUUAUAAUCAAGUCGAUGAGGGCGUUCACCGCCUGGUGAUGCUGUCAAACAAGCGCAUCCAGGAGCUGGAGCUGCUGAUGGACUUCGAGAAGGUGGAAGAGUGUCUUAAGGAGGUCAGCAGUUGGAUUGAGAAUGUUGGCAGAAAACGGCUAAAGGAAACUAUCAACCUGGAUGAUUCUUUGGAGAUGCUGCUUCAAGCACAAAAGCAGUUCAAGGAGUUUGAUCUUGUUGCCAGUGAAUAUUGCAAAAGGGGACAGGAAGCAUUAAAGAAGAUGAAUCAAUGGGAGGACUUUUCCUUUGUGGAUGUGCAUUCUUACAGGGUAAAGCUGCAAACCUAUGAAGAUGAGCUGGAGGAGUUCUGCACCCAGCUGGAUGAAACGAGGCACCGAGUCUGUGAAACAGUCAGGCUGUAUGAAUUCUUUGACAAGGCGUACGAGUGGGCCUUGGAAGGGAUGCGACACCUCGCCUGCAUCAGCAUGGAGGACUGCAGCUCCGCCGAGCACUGUGCAGACGUGAUCAAGUGCCUGGAGAGUUACAAGGGCCAGCACCCGGACAUCAGCACUGCCCGCUUCCAGGAGAUGAAGGAGCUGGCCUGUGAGCUGAAGAGUGACAAGGGGCUCAAGCAGUGGAAAUUUGCAUGGUCUAAAUGCCAGGAGACCAAGCUGGUUUUUGAAAAGAAACUCGAAGCAGCCUUGAGAACAAGGAAGUCUCUGCUGUCAGAGCGCAGCCCAGCUGUUGGGGAGCAGCCCCAGGCUGGCAGUGAGACUGGCACUCUGUCCCACCGGAGGCACUCUGAGGGGGCCACCUCCAGGUCCCACUGGGACAGGACUCAGAGCACAUCUCAUGGCUACAACAGAACCAACAGCUGUCUGGAGUGGACUAGGGAGAAAGCUCCCUCGCCCUCCCUGAGCUGCCCUGGUGAUGUUGAUGCUGGGGAAGUAUUUGUCUGCCAAGCUGCUCUCAGCCCUGGUCCUCACUCAAGCAGAAUUUCUUUCGCCAGCAGGGCUUGUAAGUCCCCAAUGCUGCCUGAAGAAAAGCCAAACCUGGAGAGCAUUUUAGAAACCCCAGAGGUGAAGCAGUCUUCUACAUCCACUCCAGUCCCUGGGAAGCUGCCUCCCAGGAAGGUCCUCCGGAAGGCCCAGAGCUUUGACCUGCCUUAUGGUGAGAGCCUGUGGUCCAGCUGCCAGAGGAGCGAGCCGGCCAGAUACGGCAACACCGGCGUCUUCAUCAAGGGGCUGGAGGUGAGCAGCACCGAGCUGGUGGACAGGACGUUCGCUCUGCGGCAGCCGGCUGUGAGCAGCUGGGCUGCAGACUGCCUGCUGGAGGGACAGAGGGGCUGCCUCGCCGGGUCAGAAGCCAAGAGCUGGGGCAGCAAGCUGCGGCACAUCAUCGACGAGAUGGUGACCACGGAGCGGGAGUACGUGCGCUCCCUGCGCUACAUCAUCGACAGCUACUUCCCUGAGAUGGAGCGCCUCGACCUGCCCCAGGACCUGCGGGGCAAGCGCAGCGUCAUCUUUGGAAACCUGGAGAAACUCUAUGACUUCCACAGCCAAUACUUCCUUCGAGAGCUUGAGAGCUGCUGCAACCACCCACUGAGGGUCAGCCACUGCUUCCUGCGACACAAAGACCAGUUUGGAAUGUAUGCGCUGUAUAGCAAGAACAAGCCGAAGUCAGACUCGCUGCUGGCCAGCCAUGGGAAUACCUUCUUCAAGUUCAAGCAGGUGCAGCUGGGGGAUAAGAUGGACCUGGCCUCCUACCUGCUGAAGCCCAUCCAGCGGAUGAGCAAAUAUGCCCUGCUCCUGAAGGACCUGAUCAAGGAGUGCAGCGAGGCACAAGAGCAGGAGCUGGGCUAUCUCCGUGCUGCUGAGGAGAUGGUGAAGUUUCAGCUCCGCCAUGGAAAUGACCUGCUGGCCAUGGAUGCCAUCCGUGACUGUGACGUAAACCUGAAGGAGCAGGGGCAGCUGGUGCGGCAGGACGAGUUCACCAUCUGGCUGGGCCGCAGGAAGUGCCAGCGACACGUCUUCCUCUUUGAGGACCUCAUCCUCUUCAGCAAGCCCAAGAGGAUCGAGGGUGGCUUUGAUGUGUAUAUCUACAAGCGCUCCUUCAAGACUGCAGACAUUGGUCUGACGGAGAACUGCGGAGACAGCGGCCUGCGCUUUGAGAUCUGGUUCCGGAGGAGGAAGUCCAGUGACACCUACAUCCUCCAGGCCAGCUCAGCUGAGACUAAGCAGGCCUGGACCAGGGACAUUGCCAAAAUCCUGUGGCAGCAGGCAGCCCGCAAUAAAGGUGUGAUUCCUUCCUGGAAUUCCUUCUGUGCCGCAAAAGAAAUCCGUAUGCAGGAGAUGGUCUCCAUGGGUGUGGGUAACAAGCCAUUCCUGGAUAUCAAACCCAGUGAGGCAGCUAUUAAUGACCGUGCUAUCGAUUACAUCAUGAAAGGCAGAGGUGCCAGGACCAGAGCCUCAAUUGCAGUGUCUCUGUUUGACCAUUCCAACCCCUUCAAGAGGACACAGACGCAGCUCUCCACCGGCAGCACCCCCACUACCUAUUCCCCUUCCUCCUCCUCCUCCCUGCUGGGACCCCUCAACCUCCACAUGUACCUGGACCAGGCUCUGCUGCCAGGGGUCCUGGCCCCCCGACGCCCCUUUGACAUUGGCACUUGCAUCGAGGAAGAUGAGCUGGAGCACGAGACGAGCAGCCAGCCCUCAAUGACAACAGAGAGCUCAGAGUCAUCGCACUGCAUGUCCGCCACUGGCUCCAGCGGCUCCGACAGUGGCUGUGUCUCCAACGUCCCACAAGAAAGCUUCUGUGAAGACAUGGGCUCGCCCCCCUUCAUGCCCGUAGGCCCACAGCACAGCUCUGCCAUGGAGGGCAGACCCAGGUUCACAAACAGCCAGUACAUUUCUGCAAAAGCAGGCCAGGUCACCAUAAGUCCCUCAAGAAUAGUGUGAGCCCCUCGGCCCCGCCUCAGGAAGUGGAGUUGUUGUUUGAUUGCCAUUUCAAACUCACUGAAGACCCCAGGCCUCUGACCAGCAGAAGGACACAGUCUCCAUCUGUGAAGAUAUUUUUUGCCCAUUAUCAGGCUCUUUCAAACAGCCCAAAACCUGACCUCUGCCUGAGGCGAAGUCCCAGGAAGGCUUCUGUCAACUAAAUGUUAUAGCUUUGGUGUUGGAUGGGACCUUGGGCAUUUAAAACUUAUUAGCCCUAUAUUUAUAAGUAACAUAGCAGUUUGGGAAAAAAAAAGUAUUAUUUUUAAAGCUAUGAGUUGUACAGAUUUUUAUUACAAGUGACUCUGUUACUAUUUGUUGUGUAAGCUGCACAUUUUAUAAAGUUUUUGGAAGGGCGUGAAGAGAAAUUGAGGUAUUUAAAAAAAGUAGUCUAACUUUCUGUUUCAGGGUUAUAGUGACCUGAAGCUCAAGAUUUAACGUCCUUCCUUAUGUUCUAAAUAUGUCUAUCGUAGCAAUAAUUUAUUUCCUUGGCUUAAUACUUUCAUCCUAAUAAAAGCAAUUUCAUUGUUAUGAAUUGUUUCUUCAGAUGGUUCUUCCAGUGCCUUGGUGCUGAGCUAAUCUCUCUCAUAACCAUCUGUCAGCUCUGCCACUCUGCCUGUGCCACCUCUGCUCUGACUGCCAGCUCCAGCUGUAAAUCCUCAGUGCAUUCCCCAGAGAGGGGGGAGAUGCCCAGGCAGAGACUCCCCUGAUGCCAGUGGGGAGGCUGGCCCAGAGAGGGGCUUUGGAGCAGCCAGCAGUGGGAGUGAAGAGAGGGAGCUCAGGAGGCACCAAAGUUCCUGGCUCUAAUUUUAGCCACUCACCCCCUGUAGCUGCUGCCCCAGUGUUCCUCUCUUGCCCUGCUGGCUCAGGUUCCAGUGGCUUAGUCCAGGCUCCAUUGUGCUUUGUCCUGGCUGUGCCCCUGGUUUUGGACUGACAGGGACUGGCUCCUUGCUUCAUCUCUGACUCAGCCCCUCUUCUGGUACUUCAGUCCCACUGUUGUGGCUUGUUUGAGGAGCUUUGGAUGUGCUGCCAUUCGAGACCAACAGGUUUUGAGUGUAAUGGGUUGAUCCUAAUGCUGAACCUUAAGUGCACGUUGUUUGAAGUAGCACAGCAGAACUGGAGGACAAACGAGCCCUGUGUUCCAAGGUGGCUUUUUCAUGAGUAACUUCCAAGGUCACUGUGUGGCUGUGACACCCUCCCUCUGUUCUUGGACAAAAUGAAAAUUAGCAUUUCUGGAAGCAGUGGUUACUUGGCUGCCAAGCUCCUGUUUACUCCUGGUUUAUGCAGGGCUGUAAAUCAGGCUCCUGCAGGUGUGAGAGAAGUGCUGUAUUUGGCCUGAGGAAGAAGAUGGAGUAGUAAUUUAUAGAACUGCACUUUUCUCCCCUUGGCAGACUGGGGUGUUACACCCCACAGCCACCCUGGAGACAGUGUUCCUUCAAGUUUGGAAAUUCCUGUACUGUAUGUAAAACACUUGUUUAUUUUUAAUAAGCUGGAUGUUUUUAAACCUUGUUCUUUUUUCAGACAGCAAAGAAAAUAUGUUUGACACCUUUGUACAAAAUUGCGUGGGAAACAGUUAGACAGGGAAUAUUUUACAAGUUACUAUUUUGAGAUAAUUGCUGGGUUAAUGCAAGGUUUCUGGACUGUCAAGACAGCAAUAGCUCAUGUCACAAGAGGGAGAGGAGUUACUAAUGCAACAAGAGGAACAUGAAACGUCUGGAAUUUCUCAGUUUCAAAGGUUUCUGAAUUGCUGGAAAAACCUUUAGCAUUGUUUACCUGACACUCUUUUUUCAGGGUUUGAUUGAUUUGUCUAAUAAAGGUUAUUUUCUUUAUAUGAA